AUGCAGGUGCAUCUAUCAAAUUGCCAGCCGUCUGUUCCUGUUCGAGGGCGCGACAGUGGGAAGCGUCAACAUAUUUCUCGUACUGCUCAGCUGCAAGGGAAGCUGGAAGACUUGGUUACACUGCUGCGGAGCCAGGCCUUGCCCAUCAGCCCCGUCGUCCCCUCUGACACCUCCAGCGCUAGCGCCAGCCAUGCCGACGACAACUCUCCCGUCUUCACUCCCGCCGCUUCUACCAGCCAGUCCACCAGCUCAAGGCCAGAGACGACUCCCGAUGGGUCCCUGGCGGGAAGCGGGUUUGAGCCCACGCCUCAUCGCCCGGUACUGCAUCUGCCAGGUUCACCAAUCCACCCCAGUGUCCCGUCGUGGCCGCACCAGCCAACUGACGAAGAGGCGGAGGAGAAUCUCGACAAAUUCCGCAACACCAUGCUCAUUUCUAUGCCAAUUGUCUACCUUCCUCCGUCCAUGACGGCCAAGCAGCUCCGCGAGCAGUACCCGUUCCUAUGGUUCAACAUCAUGACGAUUACCUGUAAGGGUGCUGCGCGCCAGUUCGCCAUGAGCGAUGCCAUCUUGGCCUUUGUUGCCCAGAAGAUGGUAAUCGAGUUUGACAGGGACAUGGAUCUUCUCUUGGGGCUGCUGAUCUACAUGGGCUGGAAGCAAUACCAGCGGAAGGGGAAGCGCUGUCUUUCGCUCAUCACGUCGCUCGCAAAGUCCAUCGUCUACGACCUCGGGCUCAAUAGGGCGAAUGGCGAGACCAUCGCCUGCCUAGCCCUGUCUGUCAGCGAGGGCAAGCGAGCUUUCAGCACGGGCAGAGAACUUACCACCGAAGGUCGACGGGCCGUUCUUGCCUGUUUCUUGAUAACGUCGCAUAUUUCCUUCAUCUUGAAGAAAAUCGAUGCCCUGAAUUGGACACCGGAAAUGGACGAAUCUCUGCAGAUCUUGUCAGAGCAGCCAGAGUGGGAAGGCGACGAGAUGCUUGUAGCUCAAGUCAAGAUCCAACUGGUCUUUGAGCAGCUGACGAGAGCCACUCGGGAGUCUCCCGACGAUGGGGUGUCGGCCUCGUAUCUCUUCGCUCUCCAGUCCGAGCUACAGACUAUCAAAGCACAGUUUCCAGCUCAUGUGCAGCAAAACGAUGUAGUCAAGGGCUUCGUCUACUUCACAGAACACGCAAUCCAAGAGAUGGCCUCGCUCAAGCCUAAGAUCUCCAAGUCCAUCGCGCCAGACCUGCGGAGAUACGAGGCGCUCGAAGCCCGCGUGCGCACCAUCCAAAACCUGUUCGACAUGCACCUGUCCAUGCCGAGCCGCCUCUACGGCGGGCUGACGUUCAUGUACUGGUGCCACCUGAUCAACUGCAUCAUUUCGCUGUACCAGCUGUCCGUGUACGACGACCCGGGCUGGGACCGCCGCGCGCUGCGCAACAGGAUCGACAUCUUCGACCUCUGCGACCGCAUCACGCACAGGUUCGACGAGGUCGCUACCGCGAGGCUCCCGUUUGCCGGGCCCAACCUGGACGACGACGUGUUUGUGAGCUGCUCCAAGAUGAUGCUGACGCUCAAGGAGCACUGGCUCAUGGAGUUCGCGGCGCUGGAGCGAGGUAAUAUCGCCCUGGCAGCGCCAUUGGACGGCGUCGCGUACGGCGGUAUGACAGACGCGCCGCCUCCAACGCCAGUUUUGCAGCUGGAUGAGUCCGAGGUCUGGCUGAGCGAUCUGUUUAAUAUGAACUGGGAGAUGUAG